AUGGCCUACAGCUGCUGCUCUGGAAACUUCUCCUCCCGCUCCCUUGGUCGCUGCCUGCCCUCUUCAGGUUCCUCCUGUGGCUCUUCCUACCCCAGCAACCUGGUCUACACCACUACCAGCUGCUCUCCCAGCACCUGCCAGCUCAGAUCCUCUUUCAGCAGUGGCUGCCGGGAAACCUGCAUUGAGCCCACCAAUUGCCAGAGUUCCUGUGUGGUGCCCAGCCCCUGCCAGGAGACCUGCAUUGUGCCCACCAGCUGUCAGAGUUCUUGUGUGGUGCCCAGCCCCUGCCAGAAGCCCUGCUACUAUCCCAGGAGCUCCACACCCUGCAGUCCCUGCCAGGGGACAUAUGCUGGAUCUCUGGACUUUGGAUCUAGGAGCUGCAGUUCCCUGGGCUAUGGCUCUAGAAGAUGCUACCCAGUGGGCUGUGGAAACAGUGGUUUCAGAUCCCUGAAUUGUGGAGUCUAUGACUACCCUUUCCUGAGUUACGGAUCCAGAUUCUACUACCCAGUAUAUGUGGCUUCUACGAGAUUUCAACCUUCUUGUUAUAGAUCAGUCUGUGGUACUGGCUUCUAG